UUCCCAGCUCUUCCCCUAUAUAUACAUUCCUUCUUCUGCAGAGCGGGAAAAGGCAGCGCGGCGAAGUGUGAAGCAGCGAAAGCAACAAACGUCGCCGUUCCAUCAUCGAGCUCUAGGGUUUUCCAUUUCGCGCAUGGGGAACCUCGUGGAUCAAGAUCAGCAAUGGCUGCUCAGUUGCUUGUCCGCCACACUCGACCCCAACCCCGAGGUUCGCUGUUUCGCCGAAGCUUCCCUCGAUCAAGCCUCUCGCCAACCAGGUUUUGGCAGUGCAUUAUCAAAAGUUGCUGCAAACAAGGAGCUCGUGGUGGGACUGCGUCAAUUAGCUGCAGUCCUUCUUAAGCAGUUUGUUAAAAAGCAUUGGCAAGAGGGUGAGGACUCUUUUGAACCUCCUGUUGUUGCUAGUGAUGAAAAGGAAAUCAUCCGCAGAAUGCUUCUAUUGGCAUUGGAUGACCCUCAUAAGAAAAUUUGCACGGCUAUUGGUAUGGCUGUGGCAUCCAUUGCAAUGCAUGACUGGCCAGAGUUAUGGCCGGAUUUGUUACCAUUUCUCCUGAAUUUGAUUAACAAUCAAACCAACAUGAAUGGAGUGCAUGGAGCUAUGAGAUGCUUGGUUCUUCUCUCUGUGGACUUGGAUGAUAAAAUGGUUCCAACAUUAAUACCUGCUCUGUUCCCAAGUUUGCUGACAAUUGUCUCCUCUCCCCAGAUAUAUGAUCCAUACAUUCGAAUGAAGGCCCUUUCAAUAAUCUAUUCUUGCACUUCUAUGCUGGGGACAAUGAGUGGUGUCUAUAAGGCAGAAACAAGUUCUCUGAUAGUUCCUUUGCUUAAACCAUGGAUGGACCAAUUUUCUUCUAUUCUACAAAUUCCAGUUCAAUCUGAAAAUCCAGAUGAUUGGAGUAUUAAAAUGGAGGUUUUGAAGUGCUUGAAUCAGUUUAUUCAGAAUUUUUCAAGUCUAUUUACAAGCGAAUUUGAGGUUAUAUUGGGACCUUUGUGGAAUACAUUUGUCUCUUCUUUGAGAGUUUAUGAGAAAGCGUCCAUUGAAGGAACAGAAGAUUCACAUGAGGGAAGAUAUGAUUCUGAUGGUUCAGAGAAAAGCCUUGAUUCAUUUGUUAUCCAGCUGUUUGAACUCAUGUUGACCAUUGUGGGUAAUCCAAGACUGGGAAAGGUGGUUGUGGCUAAUAUCAGAGAAUUGGUGUACUAUACUAUUGCUUUUCUUCAAAUGACUGAGCAGCAGGUUCAUACAUGGUCUGUGGAUGCUAACCAGUUCAUUGCUGAUGAAGAAGAUGCCACUUAUAGUUGCCGCGUCUCUGGUGUGCUUUUACUGGAAGAGGUUGUGAAUUCUUUUGCUGGUGAAGGAAUUUUGGCCAUAACAGAUGGUGCAAAACAAUGGUUCACCGAGUCUCAAAUUAGAAAAGCAGCUGGUAAUGCAAGCUGGUGGAGGAUAAGAGAAGCUACUCUUUUUGCCUUAUCGUCUCUUUCAGAAGAACUGUUGGAGACAGAGGAAACCGGAUUUGAUACAAGUAGCUUGAAGCACCUGGUUGAGCAGAUUUUCACUGAAGACUCUCUAAUAGGUCCUCUUGAAUAUCCCUUUUUAUAUGCUCGCAUCUUUACGUCAGUUGCUAAAUUGUCUUCUUUGAUAAGCAAUGGUUUACUAGAACACUUUCUUUAUUUAGCAAUGAAAGCAAUUACAAUGGAUGUGCCCCCACCUGUAAAAGUAGGUGCCUGCAGAGCACUUACUAACCUUCUUCCUGAAGCAAAAAAAGAAAUUGUCCAAUCGCAAUUGUUGGGUUUAAUUUCAUCCCUCACAGAUCUUCUUAAUCAUGCAUCAGAUGAAACCUUGCUCAUGGUACUUGAUACAUUGCUUGCUGCAGUAAAAGCAGGUCAUGAGUCAUCAACAUUAGUUGAACACAUGAUUUCUCCUGUAAUCCUUAAUGUGUGGGCAUCACAUGUUUCGGAUCCUUUUAUCAGUAUUGAUGCACUGGAAGUUCUUGAGGCUAUCAAAAGCAUUCCUGAAUGUGUACAUCCAUUGGUUUCUAGAAUUUUGCCGUAUAUUGGACCAAUUUUGAAUAAACCCCAAGAGCAGGCUGAUGGUUUGGUAGCUGGAUCAUUAGAUCUGGUAACAAUGUUACUGAAGAAUGCCCCUGCUGAUGUAGUGAAAGCAAUAUAUGGUGUCUCUUUUAAUGCUGUUAUCAACAUAAUCCUUCAAAGUGAUGACCACAGUGAAAUUCAGAAUGCUACAGAAUGUUUAUCUGCUUUUAUAUCUGGGGGAAGACAAGAAAUUCUUGCAUGGGGAUCUGAUUCUGGAUCAACUAUGAGAAGUUUACUUGAUAUUGCUUCAAGACUGCUAGACCCCAAAUUGGAAAGCUCUGGGUCUCUCUUUGUUGGAAGUUACAUUCUUCAACUGAUUUUGCAUUUACCAUCACAGAUGGCUGUACAUAUACGAGACCUGAUUGCUGCUCUUGUCAAACGCAUGCAAUCUGCUCAAAACUCUGUCUUGCUAAGCUCAUUGCUAAUUGUUUUUGCCAGACUGGUACACAUGAGUGUUCCUAAUGUUGGACAAUUUAUUGAUUUGCUGAUCUCAAUUCCUGCGGAAGGACAUGGUAAUUCCUUUGCUUAUAUAAUGUCAGAAUGGACUAAGCAGCAAGGGGAGAUACAGGGGGCAUAUCAAAUAAAAGUCACUACAAGUGCCCUGGCCUUGUUGCUAACCAGUAGGCACAAUGAAUUGGCAAAUAUACAUGUCCAGGGCUAUCUUAUUAAGUCUGGCGAGGGAAUAACUACAAGAUCAAAAGCUAAAUCAGCCCCAGAUCAAUGGGUAAUGUUGCCACUUUCUACAAAGAUAGUGGCUUUAUUGGCAGAUGCAUUAACUGAGAUACAAGAACAAGUUUUGGCCGCUGAUGAUGAGGAUAGUGACUGGGAAGAAGUUCAAGCAGAUGGCAUUGAAAAUGAUAAAGAAUUUCUUUAUUCAGUAUCUACAUCUUCGGGAAAAGCCACAAAUGAACAACUUGAAGCAAUGGCGAAAGUAUUUAAUGAGGAUCAAGAUGAUCACUAUGAAGAUGACCUUUUAAGUAUUGCUGAUCCUCUCAAUCAGAUAAACCUGGCAAAUUACCUUCUUGAUUUCUUUGUUAGCUUUUCUCAGUCUGACAGACAGCUCUUAGAUCACAUUUGCAAGAGCUUGUCUCAGUCUCAACGAAAUGCCAUUCAAAUGGUACUGAAGAGAUGAGAAUUUCGUGUCCUGUCAUCGAGUGCUGUCUCAAGGAUGGGUUGAUAAUACCAGAGAGAGUGAAACAAAGAAAUGGUUGGAAACCAAUAUCUUACAUUGUUCAGGUUGGGGAAUCUGUCUGCAGUUCUGAAAGGUAUUUUCUUUCUGCUGCAGUGUUCCCCCUUGUAUGUCUCUGAUUCUUUUUUAUUGGAUGUGUUAUGUAUGUAUCGGAUAUCAGUUUUGCUUUUAUAUGGUUUCGGCCCAUCAAUUCACCGAAUCUUUUGUUUGUAUAUCAAUUGUGCAUUUAUUAAAAGAAGGGGGAAAAACAUCAGUUGGUAGCAUAAUGGUGCAUUAUAAUGUCAAUUGGAUGUUUUCUGAAGAAAAAAUGAAUGUCAAUUGGAUUGGUUCCUGCUUA